AUGGCUCAGGAUUAUUCUCCCGCGCGAUCUGUGUGGAUUGAUCUAUGGCAAGAAAAGCCUGCCUUGUACAUCACACUGCAGUCUACUGCAAUCAUCAACAAUGCCCUUCUCUCUCUACUCCUUAUCGCCAUUUUCUCUGUAAUCUACGACGCGUUUCGCUUCUGGAUCAGCCGACGAACCCGCCAGACAUGCCAUUACCAGGUCGUUGAUGGUACAGUUGGGGAUCCAGCAACUAAACUCCUAGACAAACUUGUUCGCGACACCAGUGGCUCCCCUAUGAUUGUCGCUGCCAAAGCCACAUUCCAUUCUACACCCUUCGUCUGUGUGCAGUACAUGACUUCGCAGAGCAUCGUACAUGUAGCACGGUGGAUAGCGUCUACUUCCAUGACGAAUAAGAAUAUGAAGCGACGGUGUAGCCGCUUGCUCGACAGGGGGGUUGAAUGCUCUGCUGUACUUCACUACCACACUCCGCUAAACAUUGUAGCCGCCGUCAUUCUUCUAUGUAUCAUUCGGGGCUUUCAGCUACACGUCAAGUCGUCCAAGUGUCGGGCCCAAGACACCAACUACAGUCCAGGCUUUUUGAAGCUUCUUUCCACGUGUCGAUGUAUUGCGCAGAGGAUCCUCGCUUUGCAAAUCGCUGUUAUUCAUAUGUACACUCCUGUUUUGAGGGAGACGCCAUGGAGGUACAUGAAACUGCUAGUUGUUCAGGCGUCUGCUUCAUGGGCCAUCUUUGUUACAGGGAAUUUGAUCUGUUUGCUUGCUGCACUACCCGAUUUCCAAGGCACUAUGGAGGUACUAGAAGAGUCAGGAAUCACAGGUAGUCGAGGAUGAGAAGAUGGGGUCAUCUGUCGUGAAAGCUU